AUGACAGAUGAGAUGUUUUUAGGAUUAACUUCAAUACAAUAAUUUGAUGCAAAGUUAAGAUAAUUUCAUUAGAAAAGACACUCAAUGAGUUAAAUUAGUACAGCACAUAAUUCUACAUUAAAAAGUCGAAAAUCUACAAUAGGAGAUGGAAUUCCGAUGGUUUCAUUUUUAGAUACUUUUGUUGAAAGAGUUCAUUAUUUAGUAACUCAUUGUAAUGAACCAUCAGAUAGAAAUGAAUGUGUUCGUAUUGCUUUAGAAUUAGGAAUAUCCUUUUAUAAAGUAUAAAGCCUUAGUUCUUAAUAAGAUAGAGAAGAUUUCCUUAUUAAAUAACUAUAAAAUUAAGUAUUUGAUUAAUUAAGAUCAUGGAAUAUGAAAUUAGAGUAAAGAGAACUUUAACGCAAUAAAACUAAAAUAGUUUAAGAAAAUGAAAAUAAUCUCAAUAUUUUUAAUUGGGUUGAAAUUCACACUAAAUUUAGAAGUUUAAAGAAGAAACUUAAAUUUGCUUUGAUAGAAAUUCUAAAUUCGAAAGAAAAUAGUAAAAAGAUAUAUUCAUCAGAUAAUAUUACUUAGAUAACAUAUAAAAAGCCUGAUAUGUAAUCUAUAAUUGAUGAAUUAAAUAAUUUAUUGCAUAAAAUAAAAAAGGAAUCCAAAAUAAGUACAAAUAUUUAAUGGUCUAAUGAAAAAGAAAGUGAAUAUAAAUUGAAAAGAAAUUCAGCCAAACAUAGAUUAGGUAUGUUGGUAAAUAGUAAUUCAUUUAAUACUAUCGGAAUGGGUGAAUAUAUCAUAACACAUGAUAAAGAAAAAUAGGAUUAAUAAAGAAGAGAAGAAUUAUUAUUUAAAUAUGAUAAUUAAUAAGCUAUGACUGAAGAUGAAUUAUUAUAUUUGGUAAAUACAAGUAAUUUAUUAAAUAAAUGUUCAAACAAAAAGUAAUUAAUAUUUUUAAUAUAUUUAUAGAUUACUCUAAAAAGUAAUUAAUUAAUUGGAUUCUGAAGUAAUAAGUGAUAUAGAAUUAACAAUAGCUGAGAACAUAUUAAAUUAAUACUAUAAAGUUUCUAAAGAAAUGAAUUAGAGUCGACAUCUAUACUUAAAAGUAAAUUAAAAGUCUAAAGAUAUAGAGCGAUCUGAAAUUAACAUUCAAUAAAUCAAUAAAGGAGAUAUUAAAAAAUUAAAAGUAGAGUUAUAUAUUUAAUUUAUAAUAGUUCAAAUUCCUGAAAAUGCUAAGAGAAAUGAAGGAAGAUAGAAAGGAUACUUUUAAAGAGAAUACUGAAAAAUAUAGAAUAUUUUAAUAAGAAUUUAAAAAAGGAAAUCCCAUAGCAAAUCCAUUGGUAUGGAAAUUCAAAGAUAUUAUGAUGUCUAUUUUAGAAAGAAAGGUAAAAUGAAUUUAAAUCUAGAAAAGAGAAAGGAGAGAAAAGAAAUUAGCUACUACAAAUGAAUCAAAUAAGCCUAUAUUUCCAUCUAAAACAGAAAGUUUAACACUUAAAGUAGUAAUGAGAAAGACCCAUCCAAGUUCAAAGGUAAUUAUUAAAUCUUAGCCUAAUUUACUUGGUAAUACAAAGAAUCCUACAAAAGUAUAAGAUUACUUACUAAAAUUAAAAAAGAAAGAUUAUGAAAUGAAUAAAUAAAAUUUUUCUUAAUUCUAUUCAGGUGGACCUAUAAGAUAAAGACCUUAUGCGCAUUAAUCAUUAACAAUAGAAGAAAGUGAUACUACAUUACCUUAUGCAAAUAAAUGGAUUACACCUGAGAUCGAAAUAGCUGCUGCUAAUAAAAUAAAAAAAGCAUUAAAAGCUUAUGUUUCAAAGAAAAGAUUUGAAAAAGCUAUUGCGUAAAAGAAAUUUAUAACUCCUUAACCAGCUAAAUUUUAUAGACUUGUUUAAAAAUUAAAUGAAAAAAGAAAAUAAGUAGAUAUUGAAGAAUGUUAUAAAAGUUUAAAGAUUGCAUUACAAUAAUAAUAAUAUAAAAAGAAAAUAAUACAGAAACCAAAAAUUGAUUAUUCAAAAGUACCUAUACCAAAAACUAUGAUUCAAUUAAAAUUAAAAUAAAGAAAACUAUUUUUAGCUUUAAAAGUAAAUAAUACUUAAUGGGUGGAUCAUUCAGGAUUUAUUUUUGAUACUAAUGAUGUAAAUUGCUAUGAUAUUGAAAUGUAUUGUCCAUUGUAUUAUGCUGCAAAAUAGUAGAGUAUUCUAUUCUGUAAUUUUCUAUUAAUUAAUGGUGCUGAUGUCAAUAUGCCAUGUAAAAAUGGAGAAACUCCUACUUUUGCUGCUUUUGCUUCAGGUAAUAUUGUUAUUAUCAAUUAAUUUGUAUCAAAUGGAGCAGAUAUUGAUAAAUUAAAUAAUGAAGGAAAAACACCAUUAUGUUUUUGUUCAAUAGAACUACUUAAAGAACUUAAUUUAUAAUAUCGUCCUUGUGUGAUCAAAUGA